AUGCUCCAGCUAUGGAAACACAAUUUUCGAGGCAAGACGCUCGUGUGGGCGAUCACUGCUGCGGCAUGUCAGGCUUUCUUGCUGUUGGGGUUUGAUCAAGGUGUGAUGGCUGGCAUCAUCGGCGCAGACAAUCCCUUCGGCGAGUACUUCAACAACCCGGACGCCGACAUGCAAGGCAACAUCACCGCCCUGUACGAUAUUGGAUGUGUUGUUGGUAGUAUCAUUUGCUACUUCGUAGGCGAAAGGCUGGGUCGAAGGACUAUGCUGCUCGCAGGUGGAUCGAUCAUGAUUGUUGGAGCGGUCAUCCUAGGCACGUCCAUCAACGUUGCACAGCUCAUCGCGGGAAGAAUCAUCACUGGAGUAGGGAAUGGCAUGAACUCAUCUACGGCGCCGGUAUAUUUGUCGGAGUGUGCGCCAUCGAGCUAUCGAGGCAUGCUCUUGACGUUGCAAGGCACGCUGACCAUUCUGGGCGUCGUGAUUGCAUACUGGAUGGACUAUGGCACCAGCUUCUCAUCGACGAGCUUCCAAUGGCGGUUCCCUCUAUCCUUCCAAGCGAUCUUCGCGAUCUUCCUGGUGCUGCAGGUCAUCGGGUUGCCCGAAAGUCCACGAUGGCUUGUGCAGCAUGACCGAUAUGAAGAAGCAGCGCAAGUCACUGCAGACCUGUUGAGCAAAGACGUCAACGAUGCGGAUGUGGAAAGAGUCAUUCUCGACAUCCGAGUGGGCCUUGAAGAGGAGCAAAAAGGGGGACCAUUCCGAUUCAAAGAACUCUUCACCUGGGGCAAGGUACAGAAUCUGCGACGACUGCUUCUUACCAUCAGUGUUCAGUUAGCGCAACAGUGGACUGGGUCUAACAUGAUAAACUACUACUCUCCUGUUAUCUUUCAGGACACCAUGGGCAUGACGCGGAACAUGGCCCUCAUCCUGGGUGGUGCAGCUCAAUGUACGUACCUAGUGGGCUCCGCCAUCCCAGUGUUCCUCAUGGAUCGCUUCGGAAGACGAGCGCUACUCCUCUCGUGUACUGCUGGACUAUGCAUCUGCUUCGUUGCAGUCUCUGCGCUUCUCUCGCAAGCUUCCGAAACAAAUCGCGGACCAGCGUACGGAGCAACGGCAUUCAUCUUCCUCUUCCAGCUGGUGUACGGGAUCGGUUGGCUGCCAGUUCCAUGGUUCUAUCCGACCGAAAUCAACACGACCAGGGUGCGAACACGAAUGCAGGCAAUCGCAUCAGGCUGGAACUGGAUGGCUGUAUUCGCAGUGGUAAAGAUCACGCCGAUCUCGUUCGAGAACAUUGGAUGGCGGACGUUCAUCGUCUUCGCAGUACUGAACGCGGCCUUUAUUCCCAUGGUCUACUUCUUCUAUCCAGAGACGAAAGGAAUUGAACUGGAGGAUAUUCCGCUUCUCUUUGCCAAGGGAGGUAUUACCGGCGGUGUUGCAUCAUCCAAAGGCGGUAGAACUGUCAUUCCACAUCAGCAUGCUAUGGAGUCUCAUGUCAAUGAGAAGAUUGACGCCGAUCAUCAGGAGAUUGAAAAGGUCGGCUAG